CCCCCAUCAGUUCUGCUCCAUAGACCCCCCAUAAUACACCUGAGACCAUCCAACAUGGGUUUGAACCCCCAAAAUCCAUCGAUGCUGGGCUCUGCAGCCCAGCAAUGCUCAGUGUGGACGGACCAGAACCAUUUUGGUGCCUCCUGAUCCAUUUUCCUCCCUAUGUGAGCACCCAAGCAGGCGUCAGACCCGAGCACGGCGAGGCGGUUCGGAGCCAUAUGUCUGUUUUCUCAGCUGAAGAGCAACAGCAGCAGAAAUGUCAAGGCUCCUUCUAAUUAACCCAGUAAUGAUGAGGCUCCUGUCAAUUCCCUUAUUUAACAUUCAUUUCCAGCUCCUCUUGUGUUGCUUCACUCCAUGCAGGGGAGCUCUUUGAAGCUCUGACGUGUCUGUGCUCUGAUUGCAAACAAGCCAACUCCACCUGCGAGACCGACGGCGCCUGCAUGGUUUCUGUGUUCAACCUGGAUGGGGUGAAGCACCACGUGAGGACCUGCAUCCCCGAAGCCAAACUGAUCCCUGCUGGGAAACCCUUCUACUGCCUGAGCUCCGAGGAUCUGCGCAACACGCACUGCUGCUACUCUGACUUCUGCAACAAGAUCGACCUGAUGGUUCCCAGCGGACACCUGAAGGACAACGAGCCCCCAUCCAGCUGGGGUCCGGUGGAGCUGGUGGCGGUGAUUGCUGGGCCCGUCUUCCUCAUCUUCGUGGUCAUCAUCAUCGUCGUCUUCGUGUUUCAUCACCACCAACGCGUCUAUCACAACCGGCAGCGGCUGGACAUGGAGGAUCCCUCUUGUGAAAUGUGCCUGUCCAAGGACAAGACGCUGCAGGAUCUCGUCUACGAUCUCUCCACCUCCGGCUCAGGUUCAGGUUUGCCCCUUUUUGUCCAGCGGACCGUGGCUCGGACCAUCGUCCUGCAGGAGAUCAUUGGCAAGGGCCGCUUUGGGGAGGUUUGGCGCGGCCGAUGGCGCGGGGGGGACGUGGCCGUGAAGAUUUUCUCCUCCCGUGAGGAACGUUCCUGGUUCAGGGAGGCAGAAAUCUACCAGACUGUGAUGCUGCGCCAUGAGAACAUCCUGGGCUUCAUCGCUGCAGACAACAAAGACAAUGGAACAUGGACACAGCUGUGGCUGGUCUCUGAUUACCACGAGCACGGGUCUCUCUUUGACUACCUGAACCGCUACACGGUCACCAUAGAGGGGAUGAUCAAGCUGGCUCUGUCUGCUGCCAGCGGGUUGGCCCAUCUGCACAUGGAGAUCGUGGGCACUCAAGGAAAGCCUGGGAUCGCUCACAGAGACCUGAAAUCCAAGAACAUCCUGGUGAAGAAGAACGGCACGUGCGCCAUCGCCGACCUGGGCCUCGCCGUGCGCCAUGACUCCGUCACCGACACCAUCGACAUCGCCCCGAACCAAAGGGUUGGAACCAAAAGAUACAUGGCUCCCGAGGUGCUGGAUGAGACCAUCAACAUGAAGCACUUUGAUUCCUUUAAGUGUGCUGAUAUCUACGCCUUGGGUUUGGUCUAUUGGGAGAUCGCCCGCAGGUGCAAUGCAGGAGGGAUCCACGAGGAAUACCAGCUGCCAUACUACGACCUGGUGCCCUCGGACCCUUCCAUCGAGGAGAUGCGGAAGGUGGUUUGCGAUCAGAAGCUGCGGCCCAACAUCCCCAACUGGUGGCAGAGCUACGAGGCUCUGCGGGUGAUGGGGAAGAUGAUGCGGGAAUGCUGGUACGCCAAUGGGGCUGCACGGCUCACUGCUCUGCGCAUCAAGAAGACCAUUUCACAGCUCUGUGUGCAGGAGGAUGUGAAGAUCUAAACCCCGAGCAGGAAGGAAUUAAUGAGCUGCCAUAAGAGUAGGUGUGUGUUGGGAGCCCUACCUCGUGUUUCUGCCCAAUCUACUGCUACCAACCAGACCCGUGGGCUGCUGGAUGGGGGACGGAGCCGCUCUCUGCUCCCUCUAUUUCGGGUAUGAAACAAUCGGAACCUUUGGGACGUUUCACCUCCCGACGUCAAGAGCUGAGAAGGGACGUGAGGGGUCUCGGCUGAGCUCACAGCCCUCGUUUCCUACUGGGGACCCUUGUAAAGUUGAUAAAGGCCGCGAUUGAGGCCGGCGAUGGGAGAGGGGCAGGUUUGCAAUGGGACCAUCCAUGCAGACCGACACUGCACAGACCCCAUUGGUGCUCCCUGCUGCAUCUCCCUAAUGGAGCCUGGGUAAAAGACCCCCCCCACCUCAUCCUAAAAACCCCCUCCCUCCUAAAACCCCCUCCCCAAUUAUCCCAGCCCUAUCUGAGCUGGUGCGUCCCUGUGCUCUGUGCAUGUACAAACCAAUUUGGGGGGGGGUCCUCCCCCAUCAUAGUGAGCCUUGGACCCCCCAGGGUUGGUGCUGCUUCACACUGGACCCCCAACCCCAAACCCCCCCCCCCUUCAUCCCCCUUCACCUCCACUAUGGCCCUGGUUAUAGGAAACCCCACCAGGCGCCUCACUGCCAACCCCCCCCAUAUCCUAUACCC